AUGCCUGCUAUUGGAUCGACUCGCCAUUUGAAGCUCCAGCACAAAAGGUUCUGGAACAAGAAAGGGCUAGAAGGGCUUGAGGACAGUUUGAACGGCCACGUGCCGGCAUCGAUACGCUGGGGAAGGUCGGUUGAUAUGAAGGGUUGGCUUGAUUUUGAGGUGGUAGAGGUGCUUGGACGAAGAAUGUAG